AUGUCACAAGUCCUGGCUAUGACUGAGAGGAUUGCCGAGCUGGAGGGAGUUGCCCAUGGCACCGUUGCCCAUGGCACCGUUGCCCAUGCAACAAGCUCGGUGCAUGAAAGCUCUUUGUCGAGUAUCAGCGAUUCCGUCGAUGGAACUGUUGUAACGCGUUUAGCACCGGGCGCUGUUCCUUCAACGUCCGGGGCCGGCCUGACUGUCGAUGCAUCGCAAACCCACGAAGAUCCUGGGUCAAGCGUGCACUUGACCAGCGCCAAUGCCUACUAUGAUACUACGUCCAGCGUUCAUGCCCCCGAGACAGCGUUACAGCAAGAGAAGACUCCGAUCACCACACCAUCCGUUGUUCAGACUCAAGCUAUGCAUAAGGCAAGCAAACACAGCCUCUUUCCCAGCAGUCACAGUCAACUUCGAUUCUGGGAGGAAAGAGUGAUCGAAUCAGCAAGUACUGAGCUGCAUCUCCCAACAGAAACUGUGCGACAUCUACUCUCGACCCACUGGACAUGGGUUCACCCUGCCUUCAUGUUCGUGGAUAGAGACACAUUCUUAAGAGACGCGGCUAAUAGGGGUGAUUUCUACUCACCAUUGCUGCUCAGCGUCCUUUGCCUACACUCGACGCGGUUUACGGACCAUCAUCUGGACGAAGAGUUAUUGGCUAGAACGAAGCUCUUCAUGUGA